ACAACGUUACACCAAUAGGAUUAGACUUUUAUUCCCCGGUACUUGGGGUCAACCAACAGAGGAUUUGUCAUUGAAUGUUGUUCGCUAUAAUCGCUUUAGAGGGUAAAAUACGCACGUUGAAAUCCAUAGAAAUGGUUUAAGGAGCGCGUUUGUGAUUUGUCAGUAUAUUCUAAAGGAAGCCUUGGCUCCAGGGUUAUGACGUCUAGCUCGUGGAAGAUGAGCCUGCCACCGGAUGCAUGUAACGGGACCGCUGCAGACUUCUCUAGCAUUGAAGAAGAGCUUUACGACUAUCAAAUGCACACCAGAAUGUGCAAGAAAAUAGCGCAGCUUACAAAGGUAAUAUAUUCUCUCAACACCAGGAAUGAGGAACAGGAAGCAACUUUGCAAAUGCUGCUGCAUGUUACCACAGACACAGCCGACAACUUUCAGCCAACCACAAGUCAGUAUGAGGAGGGAGAGGAUUCCGCAUCUGUCCUUAGGGCUCGUCUCUUAGAGCUACAGGCCACAGUAGAAGAGGUAGAGGCACGGGAGCAGAGGGCUGAGGCAGAUCAUGCUGAGCAUAUGGCUGUGCUAACACGAGAGGUUGCAGAUCUGCGCCGAAACUUCCACAGUCUAGAAAAGGAUCGAGACAACCAGUGCCGACUAAUUCAGCAAAUUCAGGAGGAAAAAAAAAGCCUAGAAGAAGAAUGCCAGCACUUACGGCAAGUAGAGGACGACAGCAGAAAGAGGGAGGAGGAUGCUAAGAGAAAAGAAGAAGAGGACAAGAAGAAAGAGAUGGAACAGAGGAGAGAUUUAGAAGAAAGGAAGAACGUGGAAGAAGAAUUGGAGAAACAUUUGCUCACGUUAAAAAGUGCAUUCAAAUCACUAGAGAAAGAAAAAGACAGGUUAGAAGAACAGUGGGGGACAGAGAAAGAGGAGUGGAAGAACAGAAUGGAGAUUCUAGAGAAGGAAAGAAGGGAAGAGCAGGAAGCAGCACAAAAAGCUUUACAGCAAAGCCUCGAUGAACACAUAAGCCAGUGGCAGCAGAGAGAGCAAGAGAACUGCAAAUUCCAGAAUUCCUUGUUGCAACAGAGACUGAAGAAAGCAGAAGCCGAGCAACAAAUCCAAGAAGAGAGACUGAUCGAGUGCAAUAGACACAGCAGUAAAUUGCAAGCAAGAAUAGAGGAUCUAGAAGAGCAGCUGGAAAAUUGUCAUCAUCGAGUUGCAGAGGCAGAAAUAAUAAGCAGGAAAGCAGAGGAGGAGCUGGCCGUAGCUAAAGAACGAUUAUUACUACAAGAAAAUGAACUACAAAACAAAUCAGCAGUUUACAAUAAACCCAUUGGCAAGGGCAGAAUCACUCACCAAACAACACUCAUUAAGCUCCAAGUGGGAUUGCUCCAUAGGGAGGAACCCAGUCUGUUUGUCAUUUCCUUACUAUGGCAACCCAUCAUCCUGGGACACCCUUGGCUAACAAUACAUUACCCACACAUCUCAUGGAGACAAGAGGAACUGAUGAACCAAAGCUCCUCUCAAGUGCGGGUGUCUGCUGAAGUGGAGGAACUAAGAUCUCAGCUGAGUCGACUCAAUAUCAGGAACAAAGAACUGGAACUUCAAAACAGUGGCCGCUCUAAUGACCAUGCUCGCAUGCUCAAACAGCAUGCAGACGCUUUGUCUUCCAUGCGCCUGGAGCUGCAGCGUGCGCAUGCUGAGGAGAUUCAACGCCUCCAUCAAGAGGUGGAGAAAGAACGAUCAAAUUACAUACAGGAGUUGGAGGAGGAAAAGAAACGAGUACAAAAAAAUAUGGAGGAAGAAAAGGUCCGUCUUAAAGAGAAACUAAGGAAAGCACUGGAAGAAUUGAUCUGUAAACAUGCCAGCGAGUUGCGCCAAACACAAGCCUUACUGGAAAACGAGCGAAAGCAGUCAGAGGAAUACAAAAAGACUGCAGAAGAGGAAAGACAAGGCCUGGAGACAGAGAAAGCUGAAUCACACAAACAACUACAGCUGUCUGCUGUGAAGAUAUGUAAACUGGAGGAAGUGAUACAAGAAUUGGAGGAGGAAAGAGAAAAAUCCAGGAGAAGAGAGGAGGAAAGAGAGCUGGAACAAAAAAGAGAAAAAGAACAAGAAAAAGAGAAGGAAACUGUUGGUUUGGAGCCUUUAAGUGACUCUGAGAUUGAGAGACUUAAUGAAGAACUGAAAAAUACACAACAUACCAUACAGCAAAUGCAGGUUGACUUUGCUUUGGAGAAAGAACGACUGCAAAUGGAAAUCUCCACUCAUAAACAAGAGAGAAAUGUACUACAGCAGUCAAACUAUAGUAUGGAGGAGAGAAUAAGGUUGCAGUUUGAGAAGCAACUUUCCGAUCAUGUAGCAGACCUACAGAAAGAGAGAGAGAAGGAGAUCAGGGACAUUAAUCUGCAUUGGCAACACAAGGUUGAGGAAUUACAGACACAGCUGGAGGAAAGAAAAGCAUUAUUCCAGAGGAACAAUGAAGAAAGAGAUAUGGAGGACUGUCAUGUUAAUGAAGAAAUGGAGAGAAUGAAACUGGAAAUCCAAAAAACAAUAGAAAUGAACAACUCUCUCACUGCCCAGCUUUAUGCCACAAUUCAGGACAAACAGCAGUUACAGGUUGUACAGGAGGAAGAUGAGGAUGAGGAAGCAGUGAAGGAAAAUGAGUUAAAAGAUGAAAAAAGAGAUGAGCACGUAUGGCAUCAGCGAGACCAGGAGUUCUUACGGUUAGAGAGACUCAACCACCAGCAUGCCUUACUGGCUCUAGAAAAACAUGCAAGUGAAGAACGGCAGGCAGAAAGACAGCACCUUCACACCCAGUACAAGCUACAGUUGGAAAAACAGAAAGCAGAGUUAACACAACAGCACACUGAAUGGGUCAGGCAGGUCACACAGAGACAUAUGAAGCAGAUAGAAGACCUGCAAAAUGAACUCAAGACACAUACAGAAAUGAUGGCUUUGCAACAGGACCUGAAACAGCAGAACCGACUACAGUCACUUGAGAGGCAGCUGGAUGAGAGGAGCAGUGAGGUACAAGAGCUGAAACGAGAGAAUGAGGAACUGAGAGAGCGAAUGCAUGAACUCAACAAAGAAGGAGAAAACAGCAAGAAGCACAAACAAAAGAGCAGCAGAAGAUCAUCUAAUUCCUGGAAGGAGAAUGACGAUGAAGACAGAUCUUGGAAUGAGGAAGAGGACAAGAAUGAUGAAACACGGGUUGAAAUAGAGACCAGGAAAAAUGAAGAGAGAAUGGAAAUAAUGUCUGAUUUCAGCUCAGCCCAAACACAGCUACAUGCCCACAUUGUUUCCUGCGAAACAGAACUAAAAGAGAGGGAGGAGACGGGUAAAAGAAGAGUAGAGGAUCUACACAUCAUUGCUAAAUUACAAGAGAAGCUCAAUGAAAGAGAUCAGCUUAUCAAGAGACUGGUGGAAGAUCUCCAUCAGCUAUCCCAACAUCAUCCUCUUAGCAGUGAUGGGACAGUGAAGUCCUACCACCCCAGAACACAAUCAGGUCUAACACCUACCAUGAAGAGAAAGAUCCUUGAGGAUAUCCCACCAAGUGGGACCAGCAUACCAAGUCUCAGUUCAUUGGAGGGUGCAUCCUCCAAGUCAUCACAACUGUCGAGUCGGGCAGUACCAUCACAGAUACAAACUCCAUUUUCCCCUCAUCCUGAAGCCAAGACUUCUUUUCGACACACUCUCUCUCCCACUCAUGAUCUUCUGCACCAGUUGCAACUCAACAAUAGUCAACACAUACGGGCUCCAUCUGAAAAGAGGGUGAUUGAAGCAGGACCUGAUGGCCAAGACCCCAAAAAGCAAGAGUGGCUCACCAAAUACUUCUCUUUCUGAGCAUGAUCAUUGGAUCAUGAUUUGUUUUGAUGCAAAAACAUUCAUCCUCAUAAUUCCACAUAAAACAAACCACUCUGUAUUUAUUUGUUACGCAUUAUAUUAUUGAGAUGAUGGACAAAUAACUCACAUGCAACGUACAGUUUCUGUUCAUAUUUUGAUAUGAAGAAUAUGAUUGUUUUUUGAAUGUAUGCUGCAUGAUUUAAUAAUUAUUCAUGUAAAACCAAAUUUUUCUUAAAAAAGAAAAAAGAAAAAAGAAAAAAAAGAUUAAAACCUGUUUGCAAAUGACAGAUAUUUUGGAAUACUGAACGAAAUUGUGUGAUAUCAGCAACUGUUUAACAAAUGAUUAUAUCACAACACUGAAGUCUGCAAAUAUUUGCAAACAUGUAUAUUGUAUAUUGUAUGGCAGACAUAAACGGGCAAGUCAGAUCAAACCGUUGUUAACGUAAUAGCAUUAUCUUGUCAUAACUUAACAUUGACAAUAAACAUGAAAACCUAUAACUUGGUGAACAGACAGAAAGACGUUAACAACUAAAAUGGAUGAGUGGAAAAUAUUAGACUGGCACUGGAAAAUCAAGAUAAUUUGUAUAUUAAACAUUUAACAGACAAUGAUAAUGAUGUCAGUAUAUACAAUAUGUAAACAAAUGAUAAGAUAUAAGAUUAUCUCAUAAAAUAAUAUCUACUCUGAAAAGUAUUUACCUCAGAAUAUUUGUUUUUUUUUUUGCCUGCAAGCUGAUUUUUAACUCAUUUCCAAAUGUCUUGACUGGUCUAGGCUGAUGAAUGGCCAUAGCAGAGUCAUGAUUUAUUUUUUUAGCAUAUAAACCAUUUUUGUUAGGACCUCAAAGCUGGUUUUAAUCAGAUAUGCUAUUAUGGUAGCAACAGUUCCUAGACCUCUGGAAGCACAAGACUCAAUACAAGCUCACUACCAUAGUUCCUUGUGUUUCUACUGUACUGCUCAUUUUAUGUACUAGAUAUGUUUAAUUUCGUGGCCUUUUGAUGCCUCGCUCUUGGCGUGCAUGCUGGUGGUUGUUCAGAAGUUAAGAAUUUUUGGGGUUCCAGUUCCAGCAUCACCAGGAUUUCACUAUUAAGCAAGUUCAUUGAACUUCCUUUGUUCAGCUCAACUAGCAAAGGUUUGUUAUGCUGAAUAUAUUUAAACAUAGUUUGCCAAAUAUGUAAAUGUAAUCUGAAGAGUUUCCAUGAAGGACAUGUAUUAACACUAAAACUGCUUUUAUUAUAACAUUGCUGCCAUCAGAUAUUUCAUUCAAACUCCUCAAUAUUCAUCCUGAAAUCUUCAUACUUAAUAUUGGAUGUGGAAAUGACCAAAGGUAAAGAACCAGUGGUGCUAUGUUACUGGUAUUUUGAAAUAAAAAUAUGCUGUUUGUUAUCAGAUGCUUUAUCUAAAUAUAUAACUAUCAUUGGAGUGGCUAAAGGAGUGACCAUUGAACUUCAAUAAAUUACAUAUGAACAAUAAAAA